AUGGCAAAGAGGGAGCAGAUGAUCAAGCCCAACUUUCUGCUGCUUGCAGUACUUGUAUUGUUCAUGAUGUUUCAAUGCAAGGUGGCUACCAGCAGCAGGUUUAGCUGGAGUUGUGAUCCUGCAUGCCAGAUGGAGUUGACAAGAACAAGAAAGCUUUUAGACAUGCAGCAGGAGUAUUCAGGAGAUAUUCCAAGCCCAGCUGAUUAUGACUACAAUGAUUUCUACAGAAGGCAAGGUGAUGUUCCAAGCCCAGGAAUUGGUCACUGA